AGAGGUGCAUUUAAGGCGACCUCAUUUGAGCUUCAAAAACCUUUUUGCUGAACUUCACUCCUUGGCCACGUAUAUAUCAGUCGAUUUCAUCACUGCUUCGAAAACGGCUCAUACUUUCUUGACAAAGCAUCAUUAAUCUAACAUGAGGAUUUCCAGUAUGUAUGUAGCCAUUUGCCUUUUGCUAGGCAUGACAUUGGCAAAUCAAACCUCCCCAAACUCUGCUUCAAGGCUCGUCCGCCGAGGCAAGAGCAAAAGCAAAAGCCACCCCCCUUUCACCAACACUUACAUCAUGAAUGAUAAGUUGGACUACUCUCAAGGCGCCUUGACGAUUCACUAUCCGAAUGGUGCCCUGGCCUUCCUAUUCGACAAAUCUUUCCGAGACGUUCGCAGGGGAAUUUCAUCCACGGUGGUGAAAGACUCGAGCUUUCAACCACUCUUAUUCCUCAACUCUCAAGAUGAUACGUGCUUUAGCAAAUCGCACUACGUCGAGCCAACUGUUCCUGGAUCCAGAAACCGCACUUUUCAGAUUGACCCGAGAGGAAUGAGAUCUGAUGAGUGGACUUUCAGUUUCAUUGCCCCAUGGGGUGAGGAGAUCAGUUACCGCUAUAAGAGAAACUUUUUCGACAAAGGAGGCAAGCUGUACGAAGCUAGGAAAGGUGGGGAGGAAGUUCAGAUGUGCAUGCUAGAAAAUCAAACCCGCUGGGAAUCCUGGUUGAAACCUGGACCGAACGGAGCGCAUGCUUUCACCCUAUCUUGUGCCGCUAGUGCCGCUCAGGUUGAAUCGGUCACUUUGAUGGCCAUGGUUUUAGCCCGUGCAGAUGUCUGUGGAAUCUGAUGUCUAAAUUUCUCUCGAGGAAGCAUGUGGCCGUGCAUGCUUAUUCCUUCCCCAAAAGAAUAUUACUUUUCUGAAGGCCAAAAAUAGGCACAUUUUUACUUCAUGGUCCAUUUAAAUCAAAUCACAUAAGAUUAAAAAAAAUUGAACUUUCACUUGUACAUACAUUUUUUCUGCCCAACAUCCACAGAAAUUUUCUUGGAUUUGGUAGCAAAUUCUUGGUAGAAUUCAUUUUUUGGUUGGUUUACUGUGUUAUAGGGAAAAUAUUGGCAUCUGAUUAAAUAGAUUUACAUAGAUUUACUUUCAUACUUCUAGGAUUGAUAUCAAGACUGCAUCUCACCUGAAAGAAUCAGAGCCAUAUAAUACAGGCUGUGAUGAGGGAACUUUGACCAAAGUUUCCAUUGAUGUAAGAAUUGAAACCAGUGGCAGAAAAUCAAGUGAAAUUGAAGCAGGUAGAAUGUUUAGAAGUAAUUUAGAGUUGAAUAAAUGGCCAGAUGGUCAUAAAUUGAACAGGUUCCUCUGGAAAACCCAAUUCAAAUAGUCCAUACAGCCUAGAUAUAAAGAUAAAGAAUCCAAAAGGUGGGAAAGGUUCCAGUUAUAUUUCAUGAUCAUCAGGGUUGAAUCAAUA